CUCCGCAUAAGUGACUCGAGAUUUUCUCUGAGCGGUUCUUGAACGCCUGUGGAUACCUUCACUGUCGUGUUUAGCGCGCCGGAUCACUCCUUUCUCCCACAACUCCACCUGUCCAGGUUCAAGAUGAACGACGUCGACGAGAUUGACCUCUAUGAGGUCCUCGGAAUCACCAGCGGUGCCUCCAAGGCAGAGAUCAAAAAAGCCUACCACAAGGCUGCUCUAUCGCACCACCCCGACAAAGUUGCAGAACACGAACGCGUGGAAGCCGAAGUCCGCUUCAAAGCCGCGAAGCAAGCCUACGAGAUCCUUCACGAUGACGACAAGCGCCACCUCUAUGACACCCACGGAAUGUCUGCCUUUGAUCCUUCGCGAGGGGGCGGCAUGGGUGGUGAGCCCGACAUUGACGAUAUCUUCGCGCAGAUGUUCGGCGGGAUGGGAUUCGGAGGCGGUGUGCCCGGCAUGGGAGGUAUGGGCGGCAUGCCAGGUGGUCCGGGAGGGAGAAACGUGCCGCGAAAGGGCAGGAGCGUGGAACAGGAGUAUGAAGUAACCCUUGAAGAGCUGUACAAGGGAAAGACGACUAAGUUCUCGAAUACGAAGAACGUCGUCUGCCAUACGUGCAAGGGGACGGGUGGCAAGCAGGGCGCGAAGUCGCAUGCUUGCAGCGUUUGCAACGGGCGAGGUAUGAAGGCCGUCCUUCGACAAGUAGGCCCCGGCCUGGUCACCCAAGAGACCGUCCCUUGCGGUACCUGUUCCGGCUCCGGAGAAAUCAUCCCCGAGAAGCAACGCUGCAAGAAGUGUAAAGGAAAGAAAGUCGUGGAAUCUAAGAACGUUCUCGAACUCUACAUCCCGCGCGGCGCACGGCAAGGCGACCGCAUCGUUCUCGCUGGCGAAGCGGAUCAACUACCUGACCAGGAGCCUGGCGACAUCAUCUUCACACUCGAGGAGGCGGAUCAUGACGUCUUCGAGCGAGCAGGCGCCGACCUAAGAGCAGAGCUGAAGAUCAGCCUAGCAGAAGCCCUGACGGGAUUCAACCGAGUCGUGCUCACGCACCUAGAUGGACGCGGCAUUCAGCUCCACGUUCAGCAGCCGAAAGGCAAAGUCCUACGGCCUGGACAGGUUCUCAAGAUUCCCGGCGAAGGUAUGCCUAUGAAGAGGAGUGAUGCGAAAGGUGAUUUGUACCUUGUUGUCGACAUUGAGUUCCCGGAAGACGGUUGGAUCAAGAACGACGCUGCGCUGCAGAAGGUCCGCGACGCGCUUCCAUCCUCGCCGAAGAAAGAAAGGAAGUCCGAAGAGGUGGACGAGGUGGAGUUCGAGUGGGACGCCGACAUGGACGACUUCGGGGCAGGGAGCGGUGAUCCCCGCGCGGCCGGCGAUUGGGAGGACGAUGACGAAGAAGGCGGUCCUCAGUGCGCGACGCAGUAGUCGCGCUGACGAUGUCACGUUCUUGCAUUGGAUGGCGUUGGCGGUAUCUUUAAUGUCCCAGAUACUGAGCCGGAUUCCCGCUUGGUGCUUUGUAUAGAUUUUGGCUAUUGUGGAUAUGGAUUGUGCUAGAUAUGUACGCGCUGAUAUCUGCUUCAGGUGAGCGGAUGCGUCUAUGAGCAUACAAAAGAUCUUCGGUACUCUU